AUGGAGCAUUCCGCGGACGAGACCUUGAUGCGCACGCUCGCCGAGCAGACAUCAUACACGCUCGUCGAGGAAGAAGAUGGCGGCUUUAGCAGCGACCCCGAAAUCAUCCGACCGGCUUCCCAGGCGCAGAGAAAACUGCCCUCGUUCUACAAAUACCUGGAUGGCACGCACGAACAGCAGCAGCAGGGUCAAGAGGAAGUAUUGCGCGCAGAGCAGAUGAUUCUUGAUGUCUCCGUUACAAUGCAGGGCAGCAGCAGUAAUGUCCUUGAUGACAAUGGUCUGACUUUGGCUGCUUGGGCGGUACGCUCUGCUCGACGAGGUAUGGCUAUUGAGAGAGACCGCAUGUAUCAACUCCGAGUGGACUUAGCUGAUGAAGUGCCUGCUCUACGCGACGUGCCGGACGGCGAGUUGAUGACGACGGAGGAGGAGGAUCUCGCAUCGAGUUACGAGCAGAGCAGCGAUGACGUCUCAACAAAGAUGGACGAUAGCAAAGCCACUGCCAUUCAUCACAAUCGUUCACGUUUGUCCAGUUUUCUUGAGGCAAAUUCUGAAGAUAUGCCUGCGGUUCCGUUGAGUGAACGACCAAACAUGAAAGGCAAACCGGAUGCUUUGUUCGUACUCCAAGGACCUCCCUCCCGCGGGGAAAACAAACGACGCAGAAAGGUCAAGAAACAGCCCAGGACUGCCAGUUUGACAAACCCCGAAGUCAUCUUCACGCAUAAAACCAACGGACUCUGUAAGUUUCUCUUCCACGCUGCAAAAAAGCUGACCAUGGAUGAAGACGCCCCACCACCAAGCGAAAAGAAAUCGGGCAAAAGCAAGAUGCCAACCAAUCCUGUUGCUGAUGAGACGGAGGCGACAAGUCAGGCGGCCGCUGGAGAGGAAGAGGGAGAAGAAGUCACUCCUGCGAAGAAAAGUGUUCUGACAGCUGAGGAGGCGAAAGAGGCCGAAGAAGAACGCAAAUUCGAGGCAUCGCUGCCGAAAAAGCCGCUUCCGAAGCAUACUGGCAAGUUUGUCCGUUUGAACGCCGCGGACGAGGAGGCUUGGGCAAAGGAUAUUGCGAAGCGGAGGGAGGAGCAUCGGAUGAUGAAGGUGAAUAGGGCACGACAUAAGGUGAGCUGGGGAGUGGGAUCGUAG